CUGUAAUCGUUAUGAUGAUAAGGCGGCAAUAGAGGCACGUGAUGCACAAUCCAAGAGCCGUAUAUCAUUGGAGCGCUAUCUGCACUACUACAAUCGAUGGGCCAAUCAUGAGCAGUCGGCACGCUUAUCAGCGGAACUCUAUGUCAAGACUGAAAAGAAGAUGGAGGAGAUGCAAAUGACCACCGACCUUACAUGGAUUGAAGUACAAUUCGCCAAGAAGGCUGUCGAAGAGACAACCAACGGUUCGUCUAACCUUAUUCGAGCUACCACUGAUCGAUGGACUUACGAUUUUCCAUUCAAUAGUGACUUGGAGAAGGCAGUGGAAGACUUGUCAGAAUUGCUGGAAUCCCCGAUCGAGCCGGAUACGAUCCCAGACUUGCGCUCAAAGAUCACCAAUAAGACA